AAGUACUCGGCCUCUACUGCGCAUGUUCAAUGGCUACAGCUAUUGAUAGUCAUCAGGGAAAUAUGCAAGUUUUGAGCGACAUCAUAGAAGUGCGCGUUUUCUGUUGGCUAAAUUUAAUACAGAACAAAGUUAUGAAAUUUGGUUGAUGGCUACUACAUAAUACAUUGAAAAUGAUAACAUGCCGCCAUCCGUAUGUCGUGUGGUAAUGUUUUCAAUGUGCAUUGUUUGCUCAAUUGGAAGUGAGUGUGGGCCUGCAGAAUACAAAACUGGUGCUGAAGAAUGUUGUCCUAUGUGUGGAAAAGGUUCAGUUGUGCACAGACACUGCACUUCAGACUCCAGCACAACAUGUAUUCCGUGUAUCAGAGGGACAUACAUGGAUGAACCCAACGGACUUACCAGGUGCCUCCCAUGUAAUACUUGUGAUCCAGGGCAGGGACUAAUUUUUCUUAAUGAGUGUACAACAACCAGCAACGCAGUCUGUGAUGUCAACGAUGGAUUUUAUUGUAAAAGCUAUUCAAAAAAUAAAGAGUGCAGUUAUGCAAUAAAACAUUCCACAUGCUCCCCUGGUGAAUACGUCAAAGUACCAGGGACAAAAACUACGGAUACACAGUGUGAACAGUGUCCACAUGGUUAUUUCUCUACAUAUGGUGUCAACUGCACAGCAUGGAGAAAAUGUAAUUUUGACCAACAGAAGACUGCAGAAGGAACCAAAACAAACGAUACAGUUUGUGAAAAUAUACCUGAACGAAGUAGAUUAGGGAUUCUUGGACCAGUACUAUUGGUACUAACAGCUGUGCUAUGUGCUGGACUAAUUGGAAAGUGCUUUAAAGAAGGGAGGAAGAACCCAUUGAAGGUGAGUUGUCUGUAUUUGGUAUGCAGGUUUUUCAUCAUAUCUUAUAAUUCACUUUCUCGUCAAGUGCAGCUAACAAGGUUUGAUAGACAAGCAGUGAUUAUGCUUUUACAGUGAGCUUCAUAAUGUUUG